GUUUGUGCUGCAAAGGAAACAUUAGGAAGGAACGGAAACAUUAAUUAGAAGUUCUAUGAAAAUUCAAAUUUUCCGUAGUAAUCUUAAUCAUGGCGAUGGAAAUAGAAAUGAAAAGAAAAGCCGACGAGUACUCUGUCGUACCGGCAAAAAAGACGCGUCACGAAAUUUCAGUUGUAGGCUCCAGAGAAAAAGCUGUCGUAACAUCUUCCGUUCCUCGGACAUCAAAUUUAUAUGCACCUAUUAUGUUAUUAGAGGGUCAUCAGGGUGAGAUAUUUACUGCCAAAUUUCAUCCAGAAGGAAAACAUUUAGCGUCUGCAGGUUUUGACCGACAAAUAUUCAUAUGGAAUGUGUAUGGACAAUGCGAGAACGUCAUGGUGAUGUCUGGUCACACGGGAGCCAUCAUGGAGCUGUGUUUCUCACCAGACGGUUCCCAUCUAUAUACAUGCGCCACAGACAACACAGUGGCUGUGUGGGAUGUGCCCACGGGAAUAAGGAUAAAAAAAUUAAAGGGGCAUGCAAAUUUUGUCAAUUCUGUAUCAGGAGCAAGAAGAGGUCCUGAACUAUUGGUAUCGGCAUCAGACGACAAUACAAUAAAGCUAUGGGAUGCUAGAAAGCGAAAUCCCAUAGCCUCAUUCGACAGUUCAUACCCUGUUACGUCAGUUUUAUUCAACGACACAGCAGAGAAAAUAAUAUCAGGCGGCAUAGACAAUGUAAUUAAAGUAUGGGACAUCAGAAACAAACAAAUAUCAUACAAAAUAAAAGGACACACGGACACAGUCACAGGCAUGGCGCUGUCCCACGACGGGUGGUACCUGGUGUCCAACGGCGCGGAGGGCGCGGCGCGCGUGUGGGACGUGCGGCCGCUGCCCGCCGCCGCCGCCGCCGCCGACCGCUGCGUGAAGCUGCUGGCGGGCCACGCGCACAACUACGAGCGCAACCUGCUGCGCUGCGCCUGGGCGCGCGACGGCUCCAAGGUGGCGGCGGGCUCGGCGGACCGGUUCGUGUACGUGUGGGACACGACGACCCGCCGCGUGCUGUACAAGCUGCCCGGCCACAACGGCUCCGUCAACGCCGUGGACUUCCACCCGCACGAGCCCAUCCUGCUCUCCGCCUCCAGCGACAAACAGAUUUACCUCGGAGAGAUCGACCAAUGAUUACAUUCAUAUAUAAUAUACGACUGCUUUAC